AUGCCUAUCUCCAAGAUCCACGCUCGCUCCGUCUACGACUCGCGCGGUAACCCCACCGUUGAGGUGGACGUUGUCACCGAGACCGGUCUCCACCGCGCCAUUGUGCCCUCCGGUGCUUCCACUGGACAGCACGAGGCCGUCGAGCUCCGCGAUGGUGACAAGACCAAGUGGGGUGGUAAGGGUGUCCUGAACGCCGUCAAGAACGUCAACGACGUUAUUGGCCCCGCCAUCAUCAAGGAGAACAUCGAUGUCAAGGACCAGGCCAAGGUUGACGACUUCCUGAACAAGCUCGAUGGAACCGCCAACAAGGGCAAGCUCGGUGCCAACGCCAUUCUCGGUGUCUCCCUGGCCAUUGCCAAGGCUGCUGCCGCUGAGAAGGGUGUUCCCCUUUACGCUCACAUCUCCGACCUCGCCGGAACCAAGAAGCCCUACGUCCUGCCCGUUCCCUUCCAGAACGUCCUGAACGGUGGCUCCCACGCCGGUGGCCGUCUGGCCUUCCAGGAGUUCAUGAUUGUCCCUGACACUGCUCCUUCCUUCUCCGAGGCUCUCCGCCAGGGUUCCGAGGUCUACCAGAAGCUCAAGUCUCUCGCCAAGAAGAAGUACGGCCAGUCCGCUGGUAACGUCGGUGACGAGGGUGGUGUCGCUCCCGAUAUUCAGACCGCCGAGGAGGCCCUUGACCUCAUCACUGAGGCCAUCGAGCAGGCUGGAUACACCGGCCAGAUCAAGAUCGCCAUGGACGUUGCUUCCAGCGAGUUCUACAAGGAGGAUGCCAAGAAGUACGACCUUGACUUCAAGAACCCUGACUCCGACCCCACCAAGUGGCUCACUUACGAGCAGCUUGCCGACCUCUACAAGUCCCUUGCUGCCAAGUACCCCAUUGUCUCCAUCGAGGACCCCUUCGCUGAGGAUGACUGGGAGGCCUGGUCUUACUUCUACAAGACCUCCGACUUCCAGAUUGUUGGUGAUGACCUGACUGUCACCAACCCUCUGCGCAUCAAGAAGGCCAUUGAGCUCAAGUCUUGCAACUCCCUUCUCCUGAAGGUCAACCAGAUUGGUUCCCUCACCGAGUCUAUCCAGGCCGCCAAGGACUCCUACGCCGACGGCUGGGGUGUCAUGGUUUCCCACCGCUCCGGUGAGACCGAGGAUGUCACCAUCGCUGACAUUGCUGUCGGUCUCCGCUCCGGCCAGAUCAAGACCGGUGCUCCUGCCCGCUCCGAGCGUCUUGCCAAGCUCAACCAGAUCCUCCGCAUCGAGGAGGAGCUCGGUGCUGACGCUAUCUACGCCGGCGCCAACUUCCGCACUGCUGUCAGCCUUUAA